AUGGUAGUGUACACCCUUUUUCAAGAUAUUACAGAUGAGGCUGCGAGCUUUGUAGAGCAACAGAUUCUUGCAUCACGUGCAGAUGAUGAUAAGAGAUCUAACAAACGUCGCAAGCUCAUCGAUGGUGCAGUUGAUGCUUCUAGUCACCCUGCGGUCGAUGAUGCUAAUGAUGGACACGUUGUUCUAUGUCGGAUCGUUAUCAAUCUGACAAGUCCUGGAGAGACUCCUUCCAAAUCACUGUUAGAGACAGAAGGACUACCUGUUUUGCUAAAGUACCAGCAUGAUACGGAUUCUCUCCAAUCCUUGGACGCCGACUCCGGCGUUGAAGCCUCAUCAGGCGAGAGUGCAGAGGAACACUGGCUGGAAUUGUCCACAGUACAAAAAAAGAAGCUCAUUUUCUCGCACAAGUUAACUGGUCCGGAUGUAGAGGAUAUGGUCUCUCAUCUGUCACUUGCAACAAGGGAACCUGCGUUUGACAAAGCCAAACCGGACCAAUUAUUGUGCAGCUACCGAGCCCGUCUCUUCUCUCAUGAAAACAACAAGUCUUUUCAACUAGUGACCGAUAUCCUAUGGAAAGAUUCGCUGUAUAUCUCAGGUUUUUCCAAAAUUAGGCCACAUGCCGACCUGGCGCUUCUCAAGUAUGCCCCGCAUGGAGAAGGGGUAUACCAGAAGACAUCCAAUGAUGUACAUUGGCAACGGUCGCGCUGGACACCUCGUGACUUCUACGAUAAUGUCCAUAUACCACCUGUAUCAGCCGAGACAUCUGCAGAUUUGAAUUGCCCCUUGAUGAAAACCGAACUGUAUCCUUUUCAAAAUAGAGCAGUUCGGUGGUUAUUAGAGAAAGAAGCUGUGGGGUUGGACAAGGAUGGCAAUGUCGUUCCGUGCGAGAAACUAACCAACGACCUCCCAGAGUUCUUUCAAGAAUUCACAGACGUCCUUGGCCGUCGUUGUUUUGUCAGCCAGCUCUAUAAAAUCGCGACGAAAAAUAUCUCUGGAUGGUUCGAUUUUGCGAGGGCCCUUCGAGGGGGGAUUCUUGCCGAAGAAAUGGGUCUCGGCAAGACGGUUGAGAUGAUUCUCUUGAUUUGCGUUCACACACGCAACAUGUCUCUGAAUGACCCGAUCGAUCCCUUCAACAAACUUGUCAAAUCCAGAGCAACCCUUAUUAUUACUCCACCUGCUAUUCUGAAUCAGUGGAAAGAAGAGAUUCUGGCGCACGCUCCAUCCCUUUCUGUCUUUGAGUACACCGGACUUCACAGACAUUUGGACACAUCCGAUGAAGAUCUUCUACAAAUGCUUGCAGGCAACGAUGUGGUACUUACCACAUACAAUGUUCUUUCAAGAGAAGUUCACCAUGCAGGUGUGGCUCCGACGUGGACAUUACGCCAUGAAAAGAAAGUAAAGAUUAGGCAUAGUCCUUUGGUUGGUAUUUCAUGGUGGCGUGUUUGCCUUGACGAGGCUCAGAUGAUUGAAAGUGGUGUAAGCGGCGCGGCUCGAAUUGCUCGCCUUAUUCCCAGGAUAAAUGCCUGGGCCAUUACUGGAACACCCAUUCGCAAGGACAUGAGGGAUCUCUUUGGUCUUCUUCAGUUCCUUAGGUACGAGCCACUUUGCAACUCUCCCACGCUUUGGACUGCGCUUUAUAAUGAUUACUAUCCGGCCUUGAAGUCCAUCAUUAAUAGAUUGGCGCUUCGACACAGCAAGGACUUUGUCAGAAAGGAUCUUCGACUGCCCCCGCAAAAGCGAGUAGUGAUAACGAUUCCUUUCACAGCGGUUGAAGACCAACAUUACAGCCAUUUAUUUGAGACAAUGUGUACUGAGUGCGGCCUUGAUUCAUCGGGUUCCCCUUUGCAAGACGACUGGAAUCCUGAGUCUCAAUCAGUCAUCGAGAGAAUGCGCAGCUGGCUUACCAGGCUUCGUCAGAAUUGCUUGUACCCGGAGAUUGCAGGAAGCAACCGCAAAACACUGGGUUUCAAGCAUGGACCCCUCAGGUCUGUGGGGGAUGUGCUUGAGGUGAUGAUUGAUCAGAACGAUACUCUGAUUUGGACCGAGGAGCGAUCUUUGCUCCUUUCUCAUGCUCGACGAGGCCAACUGCUUGAAAAUGCCGCUCGCCGACACGAAGCUCUUGAUUUAUGGGAGAAGGGUUUGCAGCACGCCACCGAUAGAGUAACCGAUUUUCGGGAACAAUUGCGAGUUGAAACUGAAAAGGCCAAGGCUGAUCGUGACGAUGACGGUGACGAUGCUUCGAAAGAGGACAAAGAAGAAGAAAUGUCAGAUAUCGACAGCGACAGCGACAAGGAAGACAUUGAUGAACAAGAAAAGAAUACUCGACUUAGAACUUGCAAAGUGCGGCUAAGGGCAGCUCUUGAAGUGCAGCACAUCUUCAAAUUCUUCACAGCGAAUGCAUUUUAUCAAAUCAAGACAGACACCAACCUGACAAAGCCGGACUCGGAAGAGUUUCAAGCUCUUGAAAAAUCCGAAAGCGAAGCAUACGAGGCAGCCAAGCAGAUGCGAAAGGAGAUGCUGGUUGAUGUUUCGCGAAAAGUUAAGAGAUAUCUGAAGGUCGUCGAUGAGAAGAAUAAUCACAAUUCAUUUGUCAAGAUUCCUGCCAUGGAUGCUCAGCUCCCAACCUAUGGUAUUACGGUACGCGAUCUAUUCGAAAGAUUUGAAAUCCUUUGCGAGGAAAUGAAUACAGCGAGUCAACAAUACAAGGAGUGGCGCGUUGCAAUGGUUAAACUCCUCACCCAGUCGCUGAUCGAUGAAGAGGAAAGUAGCGACCUUGAAGGAAAUGAGUAUGAAACUUCGACUAAACACCAAGACGAAAUGUACGUGUAUAUGGAAGGGCUCAGGGUUCUCUUCGCCGAUCGCCAUGAUGCUCUUACUGGGCAGGAAAACCUUUUGAUAAACAAUGAAGUCAAAAAGGAUUUGGCUUUGGCGGAGAAAGGAGAGGGUGCAUCUCCUUCCUUAUACAUUGAAAUAAUGAAGAAGCGCGACGAAAUCAAGCCAGACACUCAGCUUGGCUCACUUCGUGGGAUUGUCAGUGAGCUUCGUAGCAUGGCCACCUCCUUGGACUACCAAGCCAAAGACGGAAGUCAACGAGCUCGAGCUGAACUCGCGACUGUGAACCAGGUUCUUCGGCAUGCGAGCCAUAUUUCUGCCGAGCAGUCCAAAACUGCAUCGAGACUGGAGAAAGAGGUGGAGUUGUUCCGUGACACGAUGAACAACAGAUUAGAAUACUACCGCCAAUUGCAACAAAUUUCUGAUACUGUGGCACCAUACGACGAAGAGAGUGUAGGAAAGCCAUUGGACAAUGCGCUCUUUGCUUCGAAAUUGGAGAUCGAGGAGUCAAUAGAGCAGAAAAUAUCUACUCUUCGAUCUAAGCGAAGGUACUUAAUUCAUCUUCGAGAUGAUUCAGGGCCAGACGAAAGCUCGCGCUUAUGUGUCAUUUGCCAAUGUUCAUUCGAGAUCGGAGUUUUGACCGUAUGUGGUCAUAAAUACUGCAAAGACUGUUUGCGCAAGUGGUGGUAUCAGUAUCGGACAUGUCCCACUUGUAAAAAGAGACUCAAGGCAAACGAUUUCCACCAAAUCACGUACAAACCGCAAGAACUCAUAGUUCAGGAGGAAAAGAGCCCUGUGAAAUCAGAAUCGCAAGGGUUUAGCAAAACGCUGAAUAAUUUCAUAUACUCCGAUAUCAGCACUGGAAUGCUGCAAGAGAUCAAAAACGUUGAUUUGUCGAGUUCCUUUGGCACGAAGAUUGACACCCUCGCACGCCACAUAUUAUGGCUGCGUGAGCACGAUCCCGGGGCAAAAUCUAUUGUCUUUUCUCAGUAUAAGAACUUUCUUACCGUGUUGGGUACCGCGUUCUCGCGGUUUAAUAUUGGACAUAGCAAUGUGGAUGCAAAGGACGGCAUUCGUCGAUUCAAAGAAGACCCUGCGGUUGAGUGCUUUCUUUUACAUGCCAAGGCGCAUUCGUCAGGGCUCAACCUUGUCAAUGCAACCCACGUUUUCCUCUGUGAGCCUUUGAUCAAUACUGCCAUCGAACUACAAGCCAUUGCUCGUGUCCAUCGAAUUGGCCAGCAUCACCCAACUACAGUAUGGAUGUACUUGGUAUCGGAUACAGUUGAAGAAUCGAUUUACCAAAUCUCAGUGUCGCGCCGAUUGAGUCACAUUGCCCAGAAAGAAAAGGAGAAUAAAACGAAGGAUGGUAGUGCUCUCGAGCUUAGCAGAGAUGGCUCUGCGAUCCCAAGUCUCACAGAGACAGCUAUCGACGCGGCGAAUUCUUUGGAGAUUCAAGAUGCGACUCUGGGAAAGCUGAUGACAGCUGGAGCUGGAGGAGAGUUGGUCCGCAAGGACGAUCUAUGGCAGUGUCUCUUUGGGAGUGCGAAGAAGAAAGGCUCCUCCGGCCAGGCCGCUACCGAUGCUGGAGGGGAGGUUGACAGGUUUCUACGAGGAGAAGCGGCAGAUCAGAGAAGACAGGAUGCUUCUUCAUUGUGA